CAUACUUCGCUCACUUCCAAACACUAGAGAGCGAUUUGGUAGCAUGUCUGCCAUUCAGGCUCUGGAGGAAUGGUGUCGGUCUCAAUGUGUCGGCUACCGGGAUGUGAACAUUACCAACAUGACCACGUCUUUCCGGAGCGGACUGGCCUUCUGCGCGCUCAUCCACAAGCACAGACCCGACCUCAUAGAUUACAACUCUCUUCGCAUGGAGGAUGUGUUUGAAAACAACAAACUGGCUUUUCAGGUGGCGGAAGAGGAGUUGGGAAUCCCGGCUCUUCUGGACGCAGAGGACAUGGUGGCCUUAAAGGUCCCCGACAGACUCAGCAUUCUUACCUACGUGUCACAGUACUACAAUUACUUUAAAACACGACAGCCCAGAGUGAAGCGGCCAUCGGAGGGGCCGUCAGAUAAGAAGGGUCUUCCAGUGGCCGUCGUCAAGAAUCCGGCUCCUUCCAUUAUCGCCGACCGGUCGUCUCCCAAGAUGGCGAAAACUGCCACUCAGAAUACAAAUGCCAACAAAAGUGGAACUUUCAACAGUAAAUGUGUGGCGUGCAAGAGUCACGUUCAUCUGGUCCAAAGGCACUUUGUCGAUGGCAAACUCUUUCACAGGAGCUGUUUCAUAUGCUGCGAGUGUUCCGGCACGCUGCAUGCGGGGGGAUACAAACCAGGGAAGAAUCCGAAUACUUUUGUGUGCAAAGUACACCCCGAGAAGAGUUCCAAAUCCUCCUCUGAUGCUCGGCUCGAAUCUCCGUCAGAGUUGUUGAAUAGUGUCAUCGAAAUCAAGCCCCCACCGUCUUCCCAGCCCGUCCAUCCCAAACCCCCGAGUCAGUGCUGGACCACCUCUGCGCAGAAGACUCAAGCGGCCCGGCAGAGCUUUUUCCAAGCUGCGUCACCACCAGGGCAGUCCACGGAGCCGGCAUUCCCGCAAUGGCCGAAGAUCGAUAAGGGGAGAGCGGCAAAGAAUCUUGCUGAGGAAAAUUGCAACAAUAACAACAAACGGCUGUUUACCAUUCGUUCAGCAGCAGACAGACACUUGAAAGUGGUAUCUUUCGCACCUGAAAAAUCCACUUUGUCAAAAGUCGAAUGCAACAAAAGUCCAACCAGGGACUUUCCUUCCCCCAGUGAACAGUCCACAAAUGCCGAGGCGAUCAAACGUGGCAACACAAGAUCAACAACUGCUUCAGGCAAGCAAAUUUAUCAACUAUUUAUUUUAGCCUCGUACCAACAGCCCACCUUGACCCUUUGUCUGCCCCCAUUCAUACAAAACAAAGAAAAUCCGCCUUUUGAGAGGCAAUCAAAGAGUAAACCUGUGGAAAGCAAAGCAGAAGCGCCAAGAAAAACAGAUGAAUCCACCAGUAAAGAACAUCGCUAUGACUUCACAUCUACGUCUUUCUCCAGCAUGUCCACUUCUACAGCAAAUGCUCCCCCGACUGCUGUGUUUGUACCUUCCUCUCAUCCUAUCAAAUUUUCACCAUCUGGCGAUGGACAUCUGGCCGAUCCGCCCAGAAGGCGCUCGCCUGUCAAAUCCCCUGCAAGAUGGCCAGCUGUGGAGUCCAUUAGCUCGCCAACCUCCAUGGUAGACAUCCCAUCAGGCGCUAAAAAGGGAAAGUAUUUGUCACCCACCGUCUCCAGCGCUGAAACGAGGUCACCCUCCCGCACGUCUUAUCACAUCCCGGCGGAGCGGAUUGAGCGAGAGCUGGACGACAUCGAGAUGAACCUGGCGCUACUGGAGAGGGAAGGCGUGGAGCUGGAGUGGAGGCUUCGCCACUGUGAGGAAGAAGGCAAAGGCGAUCUGUUGAUGGACCCGUUGAUGGUCGACUGGUUCCAGCUCAUGCGAAAAAAGCAAAUGUUCAUACGGAGAGAGUCUGAACUUGUGUACACAGCGAGGAUUCAGGAGCUGGAGCAGCAGCAGCCACAUGUUGAGCAGGAGCUACGCAGACUCUUGGAGAAACCUGAUCGCAUCAAGUCGACUGAAGAGCGGGCGCGUGAGAAAAUGCUGAUGUGCGAUCUAGUGGAGAUCGUAAACGGCAGGAACGCCAUCGUGGAAGUUCUGGAUGAUGAACGCUUAAGGGAAUUGGCUGAGGACGAGGAGCUCAAUGCCAUGAUGAAAAAUUUAGGAGUAAAGAAAAGUAAACCUAAAAGGAAAUCCUCCAUCUCAAAACUGUUUGGUCGAAGAAGUAAGCGACGAGUGGAGUAACGGUUUAUUUAUUAUGUUAAACGUUAACGUACAAUUUUGGGUCAUGAUGAGCCCACCACGUGCGUACAGGUAACAUACAUCCCAAAUUCUAACUCUAAUCCAAUCACGUGCCUGUUUUUCUUCUGCUAUGAAUUUAAAUGAGUUUGUCACGAGUAGACCUCCAAUCAGAUGUCAAUGGCAACCAAUAGGUAUGUUUACAUGGACACUUAUUUUCGGAUUAAAAGCCUGGUCGGAUUAAAAGUGCUUCAUAUACAAACCCCAAUCGGAAUAUUCUAAUCCGAUCCAGCCCAUUCCGAUCAAGAUUCUAUUCGGAAUGAGAGGGGUGUUUGUCGAUUGUCAAUCUGAUCAGCGCGCAUGUAACAACACUUUGUUCCAAAAUUUUGGAACAAACCGUCCUUACCUGUGCCGUCAGUAUAUGGUGGAAAACACAGACAAGGCUGAAAAAGCAGUUUCUGCUCUUGCAACCCUCUUUAAAAUAAACUGCUGUAUUUUAAGUCAAAAGAACUGUUGUGUUUGAUGAUACAAUAUGUCUAUAUGCUGCCAUAGCAGAUUCAUCGUGCAUUAAGCCCUCCGAGCUAUUUUGAAUUUGUCCGUUUUACCCUGGAGACCCGCGCUUACAGAUGCCACAACCACUUUUGUUUCAACCUAGCCAUAAAAAGUUUAUAUUAUAUUUAUUAUUGGAAAAACAAACAUUAAUAGAACAAAAACGACAGUGUCAUUGGACAGAGGGACAGUUUGCUGCAGGCAGUAUCAGCUCUUUUGCUAUGGCGUGGGGUUAUUUUGCACUGAACAACUUGGUAUGCCACCUUAUAUGAUGCUAACAGUGUUUGCUGGUUUACUAAUGUCACACUGAUUGUAGGCAAUAUCCAGCACGUUUUCGCUGAAAAAAAAAAACAAGCUUAUCAAUGUGAUUCGGGUCUAAUAUCUUUAAGUGACGUCUUAAUUAAGACUCGUCUUUCCUCAUCUCCCACUGUAUUAAAAAUCAGAGCCAAAAUCUACAUAUGCUUCGUCAUAUUUCCUCAUAUUAGCUCUUCAUAUCUCCACUGCUCUUUGCUGUGUGCUGGUUUGGUUCAAAAAUAGUGCUCACACUCUGAAAAUGAGAGCACCAAUGCCACCCACUGAGUGGAUGUGCAAUUGCGUUUUAUUCUAGUACGGCAAGAAAGUAUGUUCCCCGAGGUAGCAUGUGUCACCCCUGGCAUCGCUCUGCACCUCCCUGGGGGGGUGCGCCCCACAAUUUGAGAAGUACUGUAUUAGCAUAAGCGGAUUUUAAGGGGGGGCCAGCCCCCCCAAUGGCCGAAAAGUGUCAUUGCAUGAAAUUGACUUUCCUAUAGAUAUCAAAGUUAUAAAGCAAUAAAACUGCAACAAAAAUGACUGAAAUGAACUCAAAAAAUAUGUUUUUAUAAUGGGUCAAAAUUAUUUUUCGAACAGAUCAUGUGACUAGCACCUUAGACGGUCAUUUGCUUUGCAUAUAAUUUUCAAAAAAGAAAAAAAAAAAGAUUUUUUUCUUUGAUUGAAAAUAUUUUUUUUUCGAUUGAAGCAACUAUUUGGGGAAUUGAAUGAUUCAGACACGAAUGUCCUACCCAUAAUAUGGGCCAAACACAAAAAGGAUUGUUUCAAUCACAUAAAACUUUUUAAAUGAAAAAUUAAGUGUUCAAAUGCAAAUUUUUCAAUCCCAAAUAUUUUUUCGCAUUCAAAAACGUUUUCUAUGAUUGAAUUAUUAUUAUUUUUUUUUAAUUGAAGUGAUUUUUCUUUUUGAAAAUAUAUAUUUUUUGAAGCAACUUAUUUUUUAAUUGAAUAAUAAAGACAAAAAUGUCCUAACCAAAAUGUGGCCCAAACACAAAUCAACAUUUCUUCAACCAAAAAAGUUGCUUCAAUCAAAACUAAAAAUAAAUCAAAGAAAAAUAGCUUUCACAUGCAUUUUUUUGAGUUUCAAAUUUAUUUUUGCAUUCAAAAACAUUUUUAUUGAAGCGACUUUUUAAAAAAAAAUGAAAAUAUAUAUUUUGAUUGAAGCAACUUUUUUUUGGAUUGAAUAAUAAAGACACAAAUCUACCUCCAUAUGGCUCCGCCCAGGGGAUACAGUUUUUGACUGGAGUAACUACUUUGGCACGACACCGGCGGGCAUACCAUAUUCAAUGGUUGACGAUCUUGGUGAAAAGUACUACCUAAGCAGCUUGAUUUAGAAUCCCCCUAAAGAAUUAUGGGAAACAAAAAAACGUUUAUAGUCAACUUAUUAUUAUAGAUAUUCUUGUAAGUUAAUUUUAUUGCUGACACUGCAUUUCAGGUUCAUCAACAUGUUGUGCCCCCCUGUCCCAAAAGUCAAACUCCGCCUAUGUGUAUUAGUCUAAUGUUGUUGUUACUUCAGCAGACUUCAAGGCAAUGCUGCUGCGCGCUGCCAACUAUUGGACGGGAGUCGAAGUGCAGCAACUGAAUUUUAUUUCCACCAAAAAAACACGUAUAGUGACCCAUACAGACGAAUUUUGAAUCGAUAUGAAAAUCGCGUGACGUAAUAUCGCGACAUAUGUCAGAAUUGAUUUUUUUUAACACCUCUUUUUAACAUUCAACAAUUGUUGGCUUCAACACUACAGAAUAAUCUUUCCGGAUUAUCAUUCAGAGACAUCCGAUAAUCGGGCCUUUUUGGAUUUUGAUCAUUAGCGAACAUAAAUUAGGUUGGAUUAUCAGUUUGUGUGCUCCCUGCUUUUGCAGGAUUACAAUUUGGAACACUUUUGGAUAGAUUUCAGCCUUGGUUGAGAUCUGGACACUUUGGGUGUCUUUGUAUUGUGUUUGAGUGUAAAAUAUGUCAAAUUUAGGAAGCCAUUAUUUUUCUGUUUAAUAUUCACACAUCAUUAGUUUACUGUCAGUUACUCUUUAUUACCUGCCUGUCAUAUUGUCCGCCCAGACACACAGAGACUUUGCAUCCUCGAUUUAUUCUUUAAAUUCGUUUUAAUAACGUCACCGUGUGCUAUCUUAAAUGAGUCAGGAAUCUUUUCUAAUAAAUGUAGCCAAUCAGGUGGCGCGGGGUCAAAAGUAGGUUGCCGUCUGUUGAAAUAAUUCCUCCAACAUUAUGUGCAUAUUAGACACACGUGUAAUCCUUCCACAGUCUCCAAGCCAAAUUGAAAUUAUUUCAUUAAUAAUUCCAAUAAUGGAUUUUAACAAAUUUCCUGUAACGACAUUAGCAGGAGAAGAAGACAGCGGGGGUGGAUGGUACGCGGGGGUCUUGUUAAUUAAGUAAGCCACACGUGUUGAGCAGCCUCCAUUUUGUACUGUAGGUGGCAGCCUGGCUAUGCUCUAUCACACACGCUCUUCCACGCACACACACAGCCACCACUUGCAAAAUCCAAUUUGCCACACUUGCCGACAGUUAAUUUCUUUGCUAAUUUUAUAAAUGCUGCAAAAAAAAAAAAGAGAGAAAGUUUGAGCUGCGCCGAUGCGGUAACGCUACGUGAAAGAGGAUUAGCUCCAGCGCUAGCUUAUGGCGGCCAAGGCUUAUAAACUACAGUGCGGCCUUAUCACACCACUGACGUGCUUUAAUUAAACAUUAUUCUUUACUAAUAUCUGCAUGGCAAUUGUGCUGCACCUGAGCUUCAGAGGAAUGUGCGGCCUACUUUCUUUUAGCAUUUUAGCUGGUAAAGCAAAGCGUGCAGUAGCAACUUCAAACUCUGCUGUCCAAUAAAUCCUUUGAAGAUUAGUGUGUGUCUGUGCUUGUGUGAGGUGGAAUUAUUGUACGAAAGAUGAAGAGCAUUCGUGGUGCAUGCUUCAUGUGACCGUUUUUUUCUUUUUUUUUUUCAUAUUCCACACCGUUAUUGGACAUUGUAAUGCUACAUUUUUCACCCGAUUCAAAACAUUCUAAUUUCAAAAAUCUUUCUCUAUCAAUUGAAUACAAUUACAAAUGUUAAACUUCUACAUGCUUCAGUAAUCUCCCUAUUCCCCCUUUUCACAAAAGAAUUACCUAAUUUAGUAUAUAUACAGGGUUAUUGAAAAGUAACUCCCUAUUUUAAAGUACUUAUAAUCAUAGGUGGAGUUAGACUUUUGUGGCAGGGGGGUGGCAAAACAUGUUGAUGACCCCGAAACGCAGUGUCAGCAAUAAAAUUAACUUAUAAGAUAUAUGCUCGGUUAGUAGCUUAGCCCAUGCUCGUAUAUACAGGCAUCCUAGCUGUGUGGGUGUGUGUGUGAGCAUGCACGUUUUUCUGUCUUACCUAGUGGAGAAGUAGACGCCGCAUCCUUUUUGACUGAAUAUUCCAGCCAGGAAUUUUUAUGAUCAGUGGUGUUACCAGGAUACCAGGUGUGGGUGGGCAUUAGUCUUACCUGGGGGGGCAAAAAAAGCUACAAUGCUCAAGUAGGUCGAAAUCCAGCGUAGGGCUACUGCACCUUAAAACAUUUUUUGUUUUCUCCUUGAGAUAACUGUUGUUGUGAUUUGGUCCAAACAAAUAAACGUUGAUUUGAUUUUAUUUGACUUAGAAUACAUCCAUAACUGAACAGUAUGGACAUGCAGGUGACAAUGUUUUUUUAGUUAACCUAUUGUGGUUCGUCGGUUUUAUUAUUAUUAUUAUAGUGAUUCUUUGUUUCACAGCCCCUUUGAGCUGAAUUUGACCCCCUUAGAAUGCUUCAAAAUGCACCAAAAUCGGCAGGCACGUGCAAAAUGCGACAAGUGCAAUCUUUGAUACCGUGUAAAUUCCAAAUACACUAUGUAGCGCCCCCAGCAGUCAUUCUUUGUCCUGCCGACGCUUUGAGUCCUACUUUUACCCGCUCAGAAUGCUUCAAAACUCACCAAACUCAACAGCCAGGUGAACACUGGUGAAAACUUUGAUAAAAUGUAAAAAAAAAAAAAAAUCAAAAUAAGCUUAAAUGUGUGUAGCGCCCCAUAGGAACAAAACCAACAUUUCAUUUCAUUUUUUUUUUUAAGGUGAAAGAGGUAACCGAUGAAUGGGAUACCAUACGCGGUGCCCAGACGGACGUUAGUACUACUUCCAGUUUUCUUUGGGUGGGCAGAGCGUGUCCUUGGGUGGACACUGCCCACCCCAGCCGGUAACGCCCCUGUUUAUGAUAUUAUGUUAAAAAUGAGCAUCUUUUAUUGUUCCCCAUCAUUUUUGAGGGGAAUUCUAAAUUAGGCUGCUUAGGACAGCUAUGCUUUCGGCCAAAAUCGUCUUCCAUUGAAUAUGGUACGCCUGGUGGUGGCUCUGUUGUACAAAUAACGUCUUUAGUGGGGCAAACUGAAACUGCUCACCAUUGUGGCGGUGCUCUCCAGCGUUUGAUGGUCCACAUCUUCAAUCCUUGGUUCUCGCUAAGUCAGUGCUGUCGCUGUUGAUAGCUUAGGUUUGAAAAAAUUACGUACAUCCAUCAUGCAUCUUCUGUCCUUCGGUGGUUUUGGCUAAGCAAAGCAAAAUGUCCAUCUCUAAGGUGCUAGUCACACGACCUGUUCGAAAAAUAAUUUUGACCCAUUAUAAAAAUAUUUUUUUUGUUAAUUUCAUUCAUUUUUGUUGUUUGUUUUAUUGCUUUAAAACUUACAUAGACAAAAUUUUAUCGGCAAAGUCUUAAUUUUAAAUUCAUACAGUUGUGGUCAAAAGUUUAUA